AAACAAGACUCUCUCUGCGUUCGACCAAAACCAUCCCCUUCUCCUCUGGGAGAUCCCAUCUCCGUAUUACUCUCCUUCUUCUUCGCGCCUCGAAUACGCCGCCGGCGUAUGAUCUCCGGUUUUCUUUCCGGCAGAUCGACUCUUCCCAAUUCCCCGAUCCAUUUUUUUCCGGUAUCGAUUCCCUCAUUCUUUCUAGGUCUUCCCCUUAGAAAUAACCUCUUGUCGCUCCCCGAACCUCCAUUUAACCUCACCUCGUCCAAUUCUUCUUCGAAUCUGCAUUUAUGGCGAUUAGGGUUACCUUCACCUACUCCAGCUAUGUCGCUAGGAGCAUCGCUUCAUCCGCCGGGACUCGUGUUGGCACCGGCGACGUUCGAUCAUGCUUCGAAUCAUGGGUUCGUCCCAGGUUCUGCGGUCACAGUCAGAUACCCGAUAUUGAUAAAGCUCCUGGAUCCAACUCAUGGGGUCCCAGCUCAAGCCCUCGUGCCCGACCAGCUUCUAUGUACAGCACCAUUGCCAGGGAAAUCCUCGAAGAAGGAAGCAAGAGUCCGCUUGUGUUGGGGAUGAUCUCCAUCAUGAGGUUGACAGGAGCUCCGGAGCUUCCGGGUAUGAACGUUUUCGGGAUUUCUCCCUUUAAGACCUCUUCUGUUAUCCCGUUCCUUAGGGGUUCCAAGUGGAUGCCGUGUAGUAUUCCGGCGACGUUAUCAACGGACGUUACUGACGUUGAUACGGUAGGAAAGGUGUGUGAUGCUAAAGUGAAAUUGGAGUUGAAUGAUAAUGUCUCGAGUGGUGGAAACGGUUGGGUUAAUAAGCUUUUGAAUAUCUGCUCGGAGGAUGCUAAGGCAGCUUUCACGGCGGUUACUGUUUCUAUCCUUUUCCGAUCGGCCUUGGCCGAGCCUAAGUCUAUUCCUUCAACAUCUAUGUACCCUACUCUUGAUGUGGGUGAUCGUGUUAUGGCUGAGAAGGUCUCAUACUUUUUCAGAAAACCAGAGGUUUCAGAUAUAGUUAUCUUCAAGGCUCCUCCUAUUUUACUGGAACAUGGUUACAGUUGUACUGAUGUUUUCAUAAAGAGGAUAGUUGCUAGCGAAGGUGACUGGGUUGAAGUUUGCGAUGGAAAGCUCUUAGUAAAUGACACUGUUCAAGUAGAGGAUUUUGUCUUAGAGCCAAUUAACUAUGAAAUGGAACCCAUGUUCGUCCCUGAAGGUUAUGUCUUUGUCCUAGGAGACAACCGCAACAAAAGUUUUGACUCUCAUAACUGGGGUCCACUUCCAAUAAAGAACAUCAUAGGGAGAUCUGUGUUUCGAUAUUGGCCACCGAGCAAAGUGUCAGAUAUAAUACACCAUGACCAAGUUAUCCAAAAGAGAGCUGUUGAUGUUUCAUGAGCAAUGCAGAUGGUUCUUAGGAUUAAGGCAUAAAAUUUGAAUAGAUGAGCCGAGCCAACCAUUUUGGCGUUCGAAGGCAACAAAGCAAUUUUUUCUUCCUGUCUACUUCUUCUAUAGAAGGCAUGGAAUGCAAUGGGAAAUCCAAAUGAAGAAAACAAGAAAAUUGUUAUUUUUGCUUUGACUUUUGUUGUGAUGAAACCUAAAUGCAACCAGUGUAAUUUGCAUUCGCUGUCAAUCAUAAGGGCAAACUAUUUUUUGAGUAUUUUAUCCUCUGUAAACGUUCUGUACCCAAAGCUCUGUAGUGUAGUGUAAGAAGUGUCAAUUUCUUUGUUACCGAUGA